AUGACCAGAAAGUUGACGCCCGGCGAAAAAGUCGGGCGCAAGCCCACGCUGCGGGCGUGCACUUUUUGCCAUCUGAAGCACCUCCAGUGCCUGAACACGCGGCCGUGCCAAAACUGUGUCAAGCGCAAAAUCGAACACGGGUGUAAGGAUAUAGUCCGGAAGCGGGCCCUGUAUUUAUUGCCGGGAAGAGAACUGAAGAUUUCCAGGAAAAACUCGGCGGCGGCAAGCGAGCACAGAUCCAGCAGCUCGGCCAGCAGCAGCCUGGAGACGCCUGGCUCCACGCCGUCGACCACGGCCAACUUCCACUCGAUGUUUUUGAACCAAGAGUACAUGAUGUUGGGCGACCUCAUUCUGAAGCCGCUGCUGCCGUCGCCCGCGUUUGCGCCGGUGCCCGGGCAGCUUGUGACCCCGGAGUUUUUCGAUGGUCUUGACGGCAUGGGCGACGGCGCCGAAUCCCGGCCGUACAUCUCAUUGGGAGACGGCGCCGGCAAGCUGGCGCGGGAGAACGGCUUUAACUUUGACCUCCGGGCUAGCGACGACCAAGAGUAUGUGCUGCCCUUGUUGUCCCACCACAUUUACCAGACGGUGCAGGACAUCUACUCCAACCGCAUCAUCAACUUCGACUACCCCCUGUCGUACCACUCGCUCACGUUCUUUCUAAAGAACCGGUUCUCGGUGGCAAGCAAGCACGCGACGCCCGAGGUCCGGGCCCGCAAAAGACACAACCUCCUCGUGAUUCUCAAGCUCAUUGCCUCGUACCGCCCGACGUUCAUCAGCGCCCACAAGUCGCUCUUUCAGCCGUUCGACUUCCAGUUCUUGGAGAUGCUGUUCCAGCGGUGUCUUCUCGACUUCGAGAAUCUCUCACGCUUAAACGCAUCGCCUAUGAUCAUCUGGCGCCGCACGGGCGAGAUUGUGCUGAUGCUGGCUCAUUUGGCGGACAUCUUGGGACUCAAUAUUUCCGACGUGCUUUCCAAACGCACCUUCAUCAUCGAAUUGAUGUACGACGACGAGUCUAUCGUCGAGUACUUCCGCCUCUUCAAGUCCGUGGCCAUCGGGAGUCUCCAUCUGACCAUUUUCACCAAGUGCAAGUUGAUCAAGAGACCCUCCGACCACCGCAUGUCGACUUCCAAGACAAAUGCACAGCUUACGGACGUGGCGUUUAUUGAGUUCUGCUCGGUCUGGACGGUGAAGCGUGACUUGUUUGAUUUGCCCAUGAUGAUCGUGGGUCACUUUUUGCCAAGCCUCCCAAACAGCGAUGCGGUACGCUCUUACUAG